AUGACGACAAACGACGAUGACACCGAUGACAAUGACAUUGAUGACGAUGACACCAAUGACGAUGACACCGAUGACGCCACCACCACCGAAGCCACCGCAGCUCCCGGCGCCGAGCCAAAACCCUUUCCCUCCCGUCCCCAGGUGUGGUACAUGGACGGCUACUACAAGGGCCGCCGCGUGCUGGAAUUCCGCAGCCUCACCGACUUCAUCAGCGGCCAAAACUUCGUCCAGCACCUCCUCCCUCACCCUUGGGCCGGCACCGGCCACGUCGUCUUCAACGGCUCCUUGUACUACAACAAAUUCCAAAGCAACGUCGCCGUGCGCUACCACUUCCGAUCCCGCAGCGUCCUGGUGCAGCGGAGCCUCGCCGGCGCCGGCUACAACAACACCUUCCCUUACUCGUGGGGUGGGUUCUCCGACAUCGACUUCAUGGUGGACGAGAACGGCCUUUGGGUGGUCUACACCACCAACCAAAACGCCGGCAACAUCGUGGUGAGCCGGGUGGAUCCGCAGACGCUGGAGGUGUUGAGGAGCUGGGACACCGGCUACCCCAAACGCAGCGCCGGCGAGUCCUUCAUGAUCUGCGGCGUCCUCUACGUCACCAACUCCCACCUGGCCGGCGCCAAGAUUUAUUUCGCUUACCACACCAACACCUCCAGCUACGAAUACACCGACAUCCCCUUCCACAACCAAUACUCCCACAUUUCCAUGCUGGACUACAACCCGCGGGAGAGGGUUCUCUACACCUGGAAUAACGGCCACCAGGUCAUCUACAACGUCACGCUCUUCCACGUCAUCAACACGGCCGGAGAGCUCUGAUGGACCUGCACAAUUCCCGGGGCUUUUGGGGGUUUUUGUUUGGUUUUUCUUUUUUUUCCGAUGCUUCCGCGCUUCUCCUUUCCGAGGUGGAAAUUCCCAAGCUCGAAUUCGGUUUUGGUGCCAUUAUUCUGCUCCUGGGUUGAGUUUUUCCAGGUUUUUCUUUCUUUUUUUCCUCUAUUCCUCCUUUUCCUCCUUUAUUUUCCCACUCUUUCUCCCCUUU